CAGCGUGUUGUAAUAAUCAGCGGUCCCAAUGGUGGUGGAAAGACACUAGCCAUGAAAUCUUUCGGAUUAGUUUGCUCGCUAUGUAAGAUUGGGAUUCCUGUGCCAACGAAUUCCAAGGAAAGACCUCACGUGAAUUUCUUCGACGAUAUCUUUACCUCGAUCGGCGAUCAGCAAAACGUAGAGAAGGGACAAUCAACUUUCAUGGCCCAGCUUAGUACCUACUCAAAAUUGAUCACCGCUGUCCAGCGAGUAGACACAGCAGCGAUAUCCACACCAAACACGUUGAUUCUCAUGGACGAACUCGGAAUGGGCACCGAAGCCAACGCUGGCGGCGCAAUUGCUCAAGCUGUCAUUGAGAAACUUUUGGAGUCGCCUUCGUGCCACAUCGUCGCGACCACACAU